AUGGCUGAUUACUCCAUGUAUCACGCAUUGGGGCAGGGUGAGCAGCUUGAUCCCAAUGACCCCAACCGAACGAAUCAACCCGCCCCUCCUCAAUUUCAGCCGCCCAUUGCUCAGAAUCCCUACCAACAAGGCGCCGCCUAUGGCUCUCCCGCACCCCAAAAUCAGCAGUAUUAUGGAAGUCCCCCACCGCCUGUCCCUGGUACACCUGGGUUCGCGGCUCCGCAAGAUACAGGCCUCGCCUCGCAGAUGGCAGGUAUGUCGUUGGGAGAUGGGCAGCAUACGGCAAGGAGAAAGAAGAAGGACCGACACGCCUUCCACUCUGUCGAGGCGCCGGCUGGCUCUUCUCAGGCAUACAAUGGUAUACCACCAGCAGGGACACAGGCUACGGCUUUCUUGAACGCAGAUCCAUCUAUACAAGCCGGUAACCAGUUUAUUGGCCAACCCCUUUCGCCAAACCAGUUCCCGGCGCCUGUCAAUGCCCCUUUCCACCCCGCAGCCCCAGCGACUCCUGCUGAAUUCGCUGCGAGAAAUAGUCAGAUGGAUCCAGGUCAUGCGCCUACGUUCGUGCCAGCAUCGGGUGGAGGACAAGUCUCGGCAGACGACAUUCCCAGUGUACCAGCUUCCAGAGACGUGGCACAACAACACUACCUAAGCAAUGUGUAUCCAACGUUUGAGCGUCAUGUGCCUCCCCCAGCUACUGUCUCCUUCGUUGCCUAUGACCAAGGCAAUUCCUCGCCCAAGUUUACGCGAUUGACAAUGAACAAUAUCCCAGCCAAUGCGGAAGGCCUAAAAAGCACUGGGUUGCCUCUAGGUCUCGUCUUGCAACCACUAGCUCGCCUUCAGCCCGGUGAAAUGGAAGUCCCUGUACUCGAUUUCGGUGAUGUAGGACCACCGAGGUGUCAUAGAUGCCGUGCCUAUAUCAACCCUUUCAUGAUGUUUCGUUCGGGGGGCAGUAAAUUCGUGUGCAAUCUAUGCACAUACCCUAACGAUACCCCUUCGGAAUAUUUUUGCGCGACUACGCCUCAGGGUGUGAGAGUGGAUCGGGAUCAGCGACCCGAGCUGACAAGGGGAACAGUCGAAUUCUUGGUACCUAAGGAGUACUGGACGAAAGAGCCGACAGGUCUCCACUGGCUAUUUGUGAUUGAUGUUACCCAGGAAUCUUACAAUAAGGGCUUUUUAGAGGCUUUCUGUGAAGGCAUUCUUGCCGCGCUUUACACUUCAGAAGAGAAUGAUGAGACGGAUGAGAGUGGUGAGCCGAAACGGCGAAUCCCAGCUGGUGCAAAGGUCGGAUUCGUCACAUACGACAAGGACAUACAUUUCUACAACUGCAAUCCCGCUCUAGAACAGGCACAGAUGAUAAUCAUGCCCGAUAUCGAGGACCCAUUUGUUCCGCUUAGUGAUGGGCUCUUCGUUGACCCAUAUGAAUCUAGAGCUAUUAUCACGUCGUUGCUUACGCGAUUGCCGACCCUGUUUGCAGACAUUAAAAAUCCAGAACCCGCCUUACUGCCGACAUUAACGUCAUGCUUGGCCGCGCUGGAAAAGACCGGAGGCAAGAUUGUAUGUUCGUUGUCGGCUUUACCUACAUGGGGCCCCGGACGGCUUUUUAUGAGAGACGACGGGAAGUAUCCUGGUGGUGAAAUAGAUAAGAAACUUUUCUCUACCGAACAUCCCGCGUGGAAGAAAGCUGCAGAAAAGAUGGUAGCGGCCGGAGUUGGUGUUGACUUCUUUUUGGCUGCUCCGUCAGGUGGAUAUUUGGACGUGGCUACCAUUGGCCAUGUCUCGUCUACGACAGGCGGAGAGACGUUUUACUAUCCCAACUUCGUGGCCGGUCGCGAUAAUACCAAGCUCUCCCUUGAAAUCAAGCACACCGUCACAAGGGAAACAGGUUAUCAAGCUUUGAUGAAAGUCCGAUGCUCCAAUGGUCUCCAAAUCUCCGCGUACCAUGGCAACUUCAUACAGCAUACCUUCGGAGCUGAUCUUGAAAUAGGUGUAAUAGAUGCCGACAAAGCUGUAGGUGUAACGUUUGGCUACGAUGGAAAGCUUGAUUCGAAGCUUGAUGCCCAUUUCCAAUCCGCCUUGUUAUAUACAACCGCAUCAGGCCAACGACGAGUAAGGUGUUCCAACGUGAUCGCUAGCGUUAGCGACAACCCGAGAGAGUGCAUGAAAUUCGUAGACCAAGAUGCUGUCUACACGAUUCUCGCUAAGGAUGCUGCUUCUAAACUCGCCUCGACUUCUAGCACCCUCAAAGACAUAAGACUAGGAUUAACAGAGAAAACCAUCGAUAUAUUAGCAGGGUAUCGCAAGAACUUUUCAUCCCAAUCGCAUCCUCCCGGACAACUUGUUAUGCCGGAGAAACUUAAGGAGUUAUCAAUGUACAUGCUUGGGCUUCUUAAAUGCCGAGCAUUCAAGGGGGGCAACGAAACAUCUGACCGGAGGGUACAUGAAAUGCGCAUGAUUAGGUCAAUAGGCGCUCCGGAGCUCAGUCUCUACCUAUACCCUAGGAUGAUACCCAUUCAUAAUCUGAACCCGGAGGAUGGAUUUCCCGAUGAACAGACAGGCUAUUUAAAGAUUCCGCCAGCCGUUCGUACAUCUUUCAGCCGAGUCGAGCCAGGCGGCGUAUACUUGGUGGAUAAUGGGCAACAAUGUUUAUUAUGGUUCCAUUCUCAGACAUCGCCCAAUCUACUAGUAGACCUCUUCGGAGAGGGCAAGGAUAGCCUCAAUCAACUCGACCCGUAUAGCUCUUCAUUACCAGUCCUACAGACACACCUGAACGCCCAGGUCCGGAACAUAAUCGAGUUCCUCAAAAUCAUGCGCGGUUCCAAGGCGCUGACGAUCCAGCUAGCUAGACAAGGAAUUGAUGGAGCCGAGUAUGAGUUUGCAAGAAUGCUAAUUGAAGAUCGGAACAACGAAGCGCAAAGUUAUGUAGACUGGUUAGUACAUAUACAUAAGGGCGUACAACUUGAGUUGGCUGGGCAAAGACGAAAGGAGGGCGAUGAUCAUACUUCACUAGCGUCAACAUUUCAAGGGUUGAGGCCGCAAUAUUGGUAG